AUGAUCGAAAUCAGGGGUAUGUUGCAACAACUCAUUGGGACAAAUGGAAAGAUGCAAGAGAAGUUAGUUGCACAUGAUUCAGCAAUCAAAGGCAUUGAAACUCAAUUGGGACAACUAUCUAUGGCCAUGAACAAUCGCCCACAAGGAACGUUGCCUGCAGAUACAAACAUUAAUCCAAAGGAGCAGAACCCAAAUCAGCUCAUGGCAGUGAGUCUUAGGUAUGGAAGAGAUUUAGACGGGGAGCAAGAAGUUGCUCAAUCUAGGAGAGAGACAACGCCAACUACUCCAGUUCCAGUUACAUUAGAGACAGAUGAGUCAGCAGAGCUCACCGAGGUUGUAAUCGAGCAGGCACAUGUUGACAAUGUUAAAGAGAAGGAAGGUGAACAACUCUCAGAACAGGUAGUAAAAAAAGCUUCCAGCAAAGAAAAGACACAAAGCAGUGGGCAGAGGUUGAUUCCUGCACCAUUGCCUCAGAGGUUGGACCGGUCCACUGUAACUCUGACGCAGUCCUGCAGCGCGGUAGUGACAGGGCCUAUGGCUCAAAAGGUGUCUGAUCCAGGUAGUUUCAUUAUCCUAUGCACCAUUGGGAGUUAUGCUUUUGCUAAAGCAUUUUGUGACUUGGGAUCCAGUAUAAACUUGAUGCCCUUGGCAAUCUAUACAAAACUGGGCAUUGGCAGAGCUAGAACGACCUCAAUGUUGUUGCAACUAGUUGAUCGCACAGUCAAAAGACUGAUAGGAAUUCUUGAUGAUGUGCUUGUUCAAGCCGUUUUAGCCACUGGGAGAGCAUUGAUUGAUUGUGAGACUGGAGAAUUGAAAACGAGGUUGAACAAUGAAGAGAUAAUAUUCAAUGUUCAACAAUCUGUGAGGAGACCCGGCGAAUUUUGCUCACUAAUGAAGGCCGUAGAUGUAAUAGUACAAGAGGAGGAUGAGACUAUUAAUGUUAGGGAUUCGUUAGAAGCCUGCUUGAUGAAUCUGGAAAAUGGAGAUGGUGAGGAGUUGACAGAGUGGGUCAUGGCUCUUCAAGGUCAAGCGUUCUGGAAAAGGGAACCCCAGUUCGAGCCCCUACACUUAGAAGAAAGAACAACACCACCUGCGAAACCAUCGAUAGAGGAGCCACCAUAG